AGCUCCGCUACUUCUUUGCACUCUCCACUGAAAUUCCUCACAUACCUUUACUUUUCGAAUAGAAUACUACUUUACAUAACAGGUCCUAUUCAGAUCGGAUCUAGUAGUAGCAAGUUCUCUGGAAAUCAUUUAAUCAUGGCGGACCGUCCCUCAACGCCACCUCGUGCGACACGGUCGGCGGCCAAGUCGUCACAAAAUUCACUUGCCCCGGAGCAAAUAAGGAAGAUGGAAGAAGCGCGCCUGAAAGCCAAAGCCGCUGCGCAGCAGGCUCACGCCUCUAUAUCCAAUCCACCACUCGUUGCCGGUACAAAACGAGCAUACUCUUCCAUUAAUUCCUCCAAUACACCGUCUCAAAAUCGAAAUGCGAAUGCGACAUCUCCCCAGAAACACGAUCAGAAUGGCUUCAUACAACCCCCUACGAACAAUCUCAUACAACCAGCGAAGAACUUCGGUCGGUCGGAAUACAUCGAGUAUGACUUUAGCAAGAUGACGGAUACGAAGGGAGGCUUUUUGAACACGGAAGAUGAUCCACAUAAUCGUGCAAUGUGGUCUGGGCGGGGCAAAGAGGAGGAAAAGCCUCCAAAUAUGACUCUUGCGGAAUGGGAGCGAGAACGAAUACGGAGAAAGCUGCGGGAGAAUAGGGAGGGGAAUUACGAACCAGGUUUAUCAGUUCUCAACUAUGUUGAUGGGCGAGAGGAAGAGGAAGCCGCACUCCUGGCAGCCGCACAGAAUGAGGGUGGCGAAGAGUUCAAGGGCAAAUACGGCGAUGGCAAACGCGACAUCAAGGGCAAAUGCCGCGAAUGUGGAACUUUGGAGAUCGACUUCAAGUGGCAGGAUAUUUUCGAAAUCUCUGUGUGCAAUGCUUGUAAAGAGAAGAUACCCGACAAGUAUUCGCUUUUGACCAAAACCGAAGCACGAGAAGAUUAUCUAUUGACCGAUCCCGAACUUAAGGACGAGGAACUUUUGCCCCAUCUGGAAAGACCGAAUCCUCACAAACAGUCUUUCCACGCCAUGCAGCUUUUCCUGCGUCUGCAAGUCGAAGCCUACGCCUUUAGCCCGCGCAAGUGGGGAUCACCCGAAGCCCUAGACGAAGAGUAUCAAAAGCGGCAGAAAGUCACUAAAGCAAGAAAGGAGAAGAAGUUUAACAAGAAACUAGAUGACCUUAAAAAGAGAACGCGUGUGGAAGCGUACAAAAGGGCACAGGCUGGGGGCGAAGCCCAAUUCGGACAAAAGAUCAGAGGGUUCGGGGACAGGCAUGUACAUGAAUGGGGAAGAAGCGUACUGGACAAAUCGACUGGUAUGAGUCGCAAGAGGUGUGACGAGUGUGGGAUGGAGGUUGAGGAACUGGAGUUUUGA